AUGUUUCUAACAGAGACUUCAAAUUUCCCUUCCUUCUUCGAUCCUUUUAACAGGAAGAACAAGAAAGAUGUAGCCAAGAAAUUCGACCUUAUAUCUAACUCCUUCGACGAAUCCCUCCUUCGUCGUCUCAAAACUUUAACUAACUCCCUCUCUUCAUCUCCACCGUCUGUUGCUAUCAAUUUCUCCUGGCUUUCUUCAGUCGUUGAUUUUCUUUCCUUCGCACAUAACGAAGCCAUAACUCUGCUUUCCACUCUCAAGCUCGACAGUUCUUUGAAUUUUUACUUGGAUAACAGUGUCAAGCUCCUCGAUCUCUGCAACUCGAUUAGUUCAGAGAUCGAACGCUUACGCCACCGCCGACUUGUCAUAAGUUUUGCAUAUCACGUUCUUAACGACAACAGUGAAGAUCCAGAGAAGCUGAGAAGAGCUAGGGCUUCAUUAUCUGAUUGGGUAACUAAUUUCAAGGGAUCCAGAUUGGAUAGCAACAACAAUUUGGAGGAUUUAGUGAGAGAUCUAGCUUUGAGGCUUAAGGAGGUUCCACGUGGAAAGAUGUCAGCCGAUGUAAGGGUUGUCCGCCGCACGAUCUACGCCGUCGGGUUGGCAACGGCGUUGGUUGCUGGAGUUGUGCUCGCGGCGUUACGUGGAUCCACAGGGUUAGGUGUUGCCGUUAGAGCGCCGCCCGAGUUUUUAUGGGCUGACUCUUUCAAUUUUAUCAGCGCAGCGAUUUCAGCCGAGUGGACUAGGCCAGAAAAGAAGAGGCAUUUGCUCAAGGAGCUUGAUGAUGUGGAUGUACGUAUUAAGGAAUUAAGUGCUGUUCUGGACGACGGUAGCGGAAAAAACGGAGAAAGGUUAAACGGUGUCGUUAGAGAGCUAGAGAGGGUGACGGAGACGUUAGGAGGGGGAUUGGAGAGGUUGAGUAACGGCGUGAAUGAAGUGUUCAAUACGGUUUUGAGUACUAGAAAGGGGAUGUUGGAGACGAUGAGGGUGGGUCAACAGAAGGCCCAGACAAAGUGA